ACGAAAUCUCUAGUUCACUGUCUCUCCACCAAUGACGUUAUUAUUAACAAUCAGAUUCAUCAUCAUCAGCUAUACAAAAUAUGAUGAUGCUCCGCAAUGCGAAACUUUUGUCCCUAUCCGCAAAAUUUCAACCGUCGUCUACAGAGCCACCGCAGAACAGCCGGAGAACCAAUAUCACCGUAGGAACUACUCUAUCGCGACGGAAUCUAAGUAAAUCCUCGUUACUUAUACUCCUAAGUACUCAAACAACUCUGACGCCAUUGCUCGAUUUCUCCAAAGCUCAAGCAGAAGAUACAACCAUUAAUAAUCCUAAUCCCUCAAAUUGCGGAAACAGAGUUCCGACUACGAAAGCGUUCAUCGACGUAUCGAUCGACGGAGAACCAAUCGGAAGGAUCAUAAUCGGAUUAUACGGAGACGAUGUGCCGGCGGGAACAGCUAGAUUCACCAGCAUCGUAAGCGGGAAAGCAGGGAUAAGUUACCGGAGAAAAGAGUUCGUGAAGAUCAUGCCAGGUUACGUUCAGCACGGCGGGAUCAGAUCGUACGGCGUUGACGCAGAGCGAGCCACCGCGGCGGUUGGGACUCUACAGAACUUAAUCGAAGAGUGGGAGAGAGGGAGGAGAGGAGCUAUAUGCAAUGAGAUUAAGGCGGGGAGUGUUGGGAUCGUUGUGAGGGAUCCGUCGAUACCGCCGCCGAAGACGAAGCUUGUGGCGAGGAAUGGGAAGCUUGCGAUGGAGGAAGAGGUUGUCGCGGUGGGACCUAACGGAACGGAGUUUGUUAUAACGGCGGUUGAUUCGCCGGAGCUGGAGGAUUCGGUGUUGGUGAUUGGGAAGGUUUUGGAAGGGAUGGGAGUUGUGGAGAAGAUUAGGGAAGUGAAGACUGUUAGGGAUAACACUUCUUCUCCUUAUUUCAGGGUGGCUAAAGUGAUCGGAGAUAAGAGAGCCGUGGUGGCGGAGAGAGGUUUCAAUCGGCCUUAUUCGAAAGUUCUUGUCACCAACUGUGGUUUGAUAGAGUCACAAACUCUAUGAAUAAGAGAGCUCAUGUUUGUAUUGGCAGAGUAUUUUUGUUGUGGGUAAUGCAAGGAAUGUUUUUAUUUUAAACUUCAACAAAACUGGUUUAACGAGAGUAGUAACCCGUUUAGGACAGCAGUCACAUUUAAAAGGUUUGUAGCCAUGAUGAAACGACAUUAUCAAUUGAGAAAUUAUAAGUGGGAUAAGAA